CGCUCUGCUUCCAAUGAUUCACAAUGGAGACUAAGUAGGAACUCGCACGAAUGUGGUCUUUUAAUUUAUUACACUAUAAAGUUAUAUUUUUGUCUUUAGCCUCGCAAAUCUGUAGUUGAUAUUUGAGCUCUUGAUUCUUAAUCAGAAGAAGAAGUCACUGACUGAUCCCGAAGUGUUUCUACAAGUGUUGUGGACAAGGAAAUCGUCUCCGGCUAACGUUAUGUAGCAAGCUAAUCUCAUUUAUCCACUCGUAAACUCCGCCACCAUUUCACAGUAUUACAAAUUCUACCCACAGGUAUGACCGAGUACAAACUUGUGGUGGUCGGAGCAGGAGGCGUGGGGAAGAGCGCCCUCACCAUCCAGCUCAUCCAGAACCACUUUGUUGAUGAAUACGAUCCAACCAUCGAGGAUUCGUACAGAAAACAGGUAGUGAUUGAUGGAGAGACGUGUCUGUUGGACAUCCUGGACACUGCAGGUCAGGAGGAGUACAGCGCCAUGCGGGACCAGUACAUGAGGACGGGAGAGGGCUUCCUCUGUGUGUUUGCCAUCAACAAUACAAAGUCUUUUGAGGAUGUUCACCUUUACAGAGAGCAGAUCAACAGGGUGAAGGACAGUGACAGCGUUCCCAUGGUGCUGGUGGGGAACAAGAGUGACCUGAGCACCCGCACGGUGGAGACCAAACAGGCACAAGAGCUGGCACGAAGCUUCGGAGUGCCGUUUGUCGAGACUUCUGCCAAAACCAGACAGGGUGUAGAAGAAGCUUUCUAUUCACUGGUGCGUGAGAUCAGGAGAUACAAGGAGACCAACCGCAGCAACAAGAAGAGCAAGAAGAACCCGCAGAGACGUUGCACAAUACUAUAGCAAACCACACACACACACGCAGCAGCAUCCUCCAGAGCACUUGUUUGACACACACUGCCCGUCCUCUGUCACCUUGGAGACUUCCACAGCAGCACCGGACGGGAAAGCAGACGUGGCAAGAUCACUUUUUGUUGCUGUGACUGUUUCCACUUGCAGUUUGUUGCCACAAGUUUCAUCCAUGUGCAGUGUCCAUGUAACACUGUGAAUUUCAGGCUUUUCCAGGCUCAAACUGGGUGACUGCAAACGACAGUAAAGACUGCGUUUCGUUAUUUGGCCAAAUCUAGUCCUUUUCCUGUUAUUUCUGAUCAUUUGAUAAACAGAAAUGUCUGUUAUGCUUCAGUGAACAAAAUCUCUUAACAAAACUGGUUAAAACUUUUUUUCAAUUUUUUUUUUUAGUUUUCAUUUUGGCUCUGGUGAUUUUUGGAAUGGCACUCUAAAAUUUAUUGAGGAUGCUUAAAACCCAGAUUUUUAAAAAAAAAAUUGGUUUUAACUACCAAACAACAAAAAAAUUCACUUUUUUUUUAGUGCAAGUCAGAAUUUGUACAAACAUUUGACUGUAAAUUGUGUUACCAUCAUUUUCAGCUCCUGUUUCAGAGAUUCUCAUCAGCUGAUUAAUUAUUUUUGGAGGUUUUUUUUGGUGACAGGGAGUUAUUUGGCUUUCCUAGAAGAGUGUCCAAAUGACUUCAAUAUUUUUUGAAACUUCUUGAUAAGAUUGGCCAAAACAAAGGUUUAGAAACAUGUCUUCCCCUUGUGUUUUCUUCGAUACGAAGGUGUAGCCACUGGGGUUCGGAAAACAGCAAUAUCCAAUUUUUCAUCGUAUUCACAAAGACGACAUGUAAAUGAAAAUGCUGCCAUAGUGUAGGAUAACCACAGAAACAAAAGCUCAAGGCUGUGUUCCAGACUCCUGGGUGCACUUUAUUCUUUUCCUAUUAUGUGUUUGUCAUAGAAGUUAGAAUUAUCUCGUGCCACUUCAAAAGUUUACUCAGGAAUAUGGUGUUUUAUCAGGCGCUGAUUAGUAACAGGAUGAGCCAUUCAUCAUUUCACACCUUCAUUGACUUAUUGUUUGAAGUGUUGGCUAUGCUGUUGAUCCCUCAGUCACACUGUAUUGCUUAGUUCACUUUUGAUGCAUUUUUUAAAAAUCCAGUUCCAGUGGUUGUAGUUCAAAGUCCAAGCGCUGUUUGUUCCAUCACAGCAUGUAGUUGGUGGAAAAUAUCCGUGUGGUACAACAUUUAAACCACUGUUUAACUUGGCGAGAAAUCUCCAGAGUUCAGGCACAUAACUGCCGUGUUAUCUGAUCAUACUUGAUGCUGGACAGUAAGGAUGUUAACAAGGCAACAUGUUUUACAGCAGUGGUCGACUUCUUCCGUAAUUACUGUUAAAAUGUAAUGAAUUAAUUUUCUAUUUUUGUAAAACUGCAAACAUUAUCUCCUAAUUUUAAAACCCAACAACUGCAUUAAUAAAAUGUCUGUAAUAAAUUACAUGAAAGUUCAUUGAUCAGUUAAGUGGAUUCUUACUGUGUUAUGGUGUUAACCAGCAGCUGUAUCAUCAUCUGGACUUGGUGUAAUACUAUUGUUGAAUAUGGAGCUAUUCCAUUUGAUAUGAACAAGUCUCACUGACAGCUAUGUAAAAUCUGUAAUGCAUUCUGCUGUAAUGAACAAGUAAACAUUUUUAGCUUUUA